CCAGGGCUGGUUCGAAAUGUCACAGUUCUUAGGGGACUUGCCGUAUUUCUGGCAAGAACGAUUUGCUUUCACGCAUUCGUAGAAAAUCAGAACAUCAGAACUUCAGAUGAAAACCUGAAGAAGUGGAGCAAUGUAUCAACAUGUUAAACUGGGCCUGCUUCUGGUUGUGUCUAUGGCUGUAACUCAAGAUGUAAAGAAUUACAAGCCAAAAUUAGCAACAGGCAUGCUUUACAAUGCAACGGAUAAAACAUUUGUGCUGGAGUGGCCAGGCUGCAUUUUUCUUGAAAAUACAACUAAUGUGUGGGUGGUAGUUGCACGGAAUAAAUCAUAUUCUGACAUUGACGAUUCAAGCCUUGGUGAACCAAUUAAGUAUUUAAAUUUCAUAAAUAACAAUAAUAAUUAUUAUCAUACUCUUCUUGUCUCUGCUGGACAAUAUACUUGUCAAACAAAUAACUCAACUAAAAACGUGAUCCAUAUUGGUUGUGAAUCAUGCACAGAAACUGCAGAGUUCUGCAAUGGUAAAUUAAGUAAUAAUGACUCCUACAGAGUGAGAUUUGUGGUGGUAAGAGGCUCUGCUGUAGUUCACAAAACACAGUGGUCAGAUGACAUCCCCCUAGUACAAGAUAAAUCAGUUCUAGAGAGCGCUGUUUGGCCUUCAGGUCGAAGUGGGGGAAUGAUUGUCCUAACUACCAUACUCUGCAUCCUACUAGCUAUUUUGCUGGUUUUACUCAUUAUUGCCCUAGUUGUUGGAAGCAAGGACAUAUGCUGGAAGCAGACCCUGUACAAAGAAAAGAGCAUGGCCGCCUUUGAAUACAUUACUCAUUCCUCAUACAAACCAUAUCGUAACGAAUAUGACCAUAUCAUUUUAACAUCUUAAAAGUGAAAACAUUUUUAAAAACAUUUUUUCAUCCUUCUCCUUAAAGGGAGUUUUCUGGGAUUUUUAGGUUGAUGACCUAUCCUCAGCAUAGGCCAUCAAUAUCAGAUCGGCGGGGGUUCGACACCCCUGUCAAUCAGCUGUUUAGGAGUAGCUCUGGCACCAGAUAUAGGCAGUGGAACUACAGAGUUCUGUCCAUUGUGUAGUGGGCAGAGCUGGCUACUACAGUUAUGCCCCCUUUCACUUCGAUGAGUAGUUCCAGUGCCUAUUUCCGACAUAAGAGCUACUGCAGAACAACUGAUUGGUGGAGGUGCCAAGAGUCGGACCCCCGCCAAUCUGAUAUUGAUGAUCUAUCCUGAGGAUAGGCCAUCACUAUAUAAAUCCCACAAACCCCCUUUAAACCUUUCUUAUCACAAAUUGCAAUCUGAUGGGUCAAAAAUAAAAAAAGGAUAUUUUAUUAUGUAGCUUUUGCCAGUGUUUAAAGGUGUAAUCCGGUAAAGAAACUUAAUUUUUGAAAAACUGCCUAUACAUAUAACCAGAGCUUCAAUUUACCUUGCAAUCUAUUUGUCUAGCUCCUGUGUGAGCCUGCAACGCACUGGUAGUAUCAUGGC